CUUCGUUAACGCUAGUAAAGUUCAUAAUGUAACACCGACGUAAUGUUGAGUUCCAAUUGUUGAAAUAGUGGUAAUGACUGAUAAGAUAACAAUGUGGGAGAACAAUUUCUCUUGAAUUUGGAUAUGUAGAUCUUCGUUAACGCUAGUAAAGUUUAUAAUGUAACAUCGGCGUAAUGUUCAGUUGUUGUGAAUAAUAUUUUAAAGUUAUUAAAAAAAGCUAUAGAAAAUGGCAUCAUCUCAUGAAAUCGCGGAGAUCACCGGUGACCUUUACUUCUGCAGCAUCGACGAUCAAGAGAAAAAUGAUAUUACAAGUCGCUUGAAACAUUUGGAUAUACAUUUCAAUUGGAGUCUUCACCAAACAAGACCUGAUGGCGCUAAAUCUGAAAUGAUUGUUUCCGAAUUGAAUAGAAAGUUGAAGGAGAUGAUGGACAUCAGUAAUUCAGAAUUAACUUUUCAAUCUUUUUGUUGUCAGUUGACAAUAGCUCAAGAACUGAUAAAAUAUGAUACUGCUAGUGCGCUGAGAAGGGUCUUGGAAUGUGAGCCAUGGGUGAUGAGCCUAAAAAGUGACAAAUUUCAAGAAAAUGAGUUCAUUUCUAUCAGGGAGGCCGUGGAGUACAUUUAUCUAGGUUGCAAAGCGUAUGCAUUAUUCAAAUGUGGAUCUAUUUCAGAAGCGAAAGAGGUGCUUUUGAAUAUUCCUGAUAUGGAGCGCAUGGAAGAAAAACAAAUAUCUGGAGUAUAUGCGGUGAAGGCAUGUGCUUUCAUGGAGUAUGGCUUACAAGGAUUUUUCAAAGCUUUGGAGUACAUCAGCAUUGCUAGAUCAAAGCAUCCAAAAAUGGCUGAAUGGCAUUUCCUGACAGGGAAACUCAUAUCAAGAAUACGGCACAUCAAAUAUCAAGGCAUGCCAAUAUCAGAUGAAGAAGAAGGAUUCUUUCGUACCGCUUAUGAGUUGUAUAAAAAUGAGCCUAGCUAUGCAUUGUACAUGGCUCAAACCAAUCGUGAAAAAGCAUAUGGAUUAUUUACUGAGUGUCGCUACGAUAGAGAAGCUUACAAAAAUUCAUUGGCAUACAUCAAUAGAAUGAACGAGGAAGCAUUAUCUUUAUACAAGAUGUUGGUUGAAAGUAAUCAGAAUGAUUCUUAUAUAUUGGGCCGCUGUGCGUUUGGAAUGGUGAAAUUACCUGCGCCUUACAAACGGCUGGACUUGGCUGUGGAUGCUAUUGAAAAGGCAUUGACAAUAUCUCCUGACAAUCCCCUGGUUAAUCAUUAUGCUGGUUUGAUUUAUCAUAUUCACUUGAGGGAUUAUUCAAAAGGAUUGAGAUAUUUAGAACGAGCUGCCAAUAAAAACAAUUAUCCCGCACUGAUGGAUUGGAUGAGAUUGAAAUACCAAUUGGAUCCAAAAAAUUAUGAUCCACUUCCUGAACUAACAAAAGCGUUGGAGUACACAGACUUCACUUCAAGCACUCUAACUGAGAUUGCUUCCUGGUAUUUUUUCAAAAAACUGGAUUUCUUCAGUGCCUGGGAUCAUCUGGUGAAAGUAACUGAGGAUCAUCGUAUUAGAAAUCACAUGUCUCGCUUCUUGAACAUGAAAACCAAAUGCGACUUGUUUGAAGUGAUUUUCGAUGAAGUGAAAUUGAGGCUAACUGAAUGUAAAUACAAAGACGAACAUGAGAAGGAGAAGCUGAUGCAACUGAAAGGGCGAUUGCAGAUACUUUGUCCCCAAUCUCAUCCAACGGACUACAGCGAUCUAAAUCAAUUAUUAUCGAGGAUAGUUUUAAUUCAGCCAGAAAAGCGUUGGAAGUAGAUCGAUUUCAGCCAAAAUCAGGACGUAGAAGGAUUUCCUGUUGGAAACUUUUCAAGGACCAGACUGUCAUCCCGCAAUAGUCCAGAUAAGAACAGCUCGAGCUUUCACAUGAGAGGAGAAACAAAACAAUCAUGGAGAGAUUCUAACUCGAACAAUCACGAAAGACACGUUACAAAACAACCAGAAACAUUGAAAUUGAGCAGAGACAAAUAGACAGCAACCGUCAUGAGAAUAUAGAUUCUUGUGCUCCUGACACUGGCGAGUCACAUUCAUUAGAUAGAGCUUCUACCAGGAAUGUCCCCACAUCAAAGAAUAAACAAUCAUCUGCAAAACGUAAUUAUAAGAUUCAUGAGCGUCCUCUCUAUUAUCCAAAAGUGAAUCACAAGGUAUCAACUCCCCAAACAAAUUUUAGUGAUUCUGAUCACUUCGAUUGUCCGUACAUAGAAGAUGCAAUAAAUGAAUAGAAAGAGAAAGAAAAAAAGGAUUAACUUAAAUCGUCAGAAUACUACUUUUUCGCCUACUGUAAUAAUAAAAGAUGAACUAAG